AUGGAUGAAGAAGAGGUGUGGAAGCCAGAGCAUCUUCUUAGUGACCGGAACAGAUUCCGAGGAAAGCAUCAUUUUGUGCCCAAUAUCCCGCAAUUGGCCGCCUGGCCGGCAGACACUUGCAGGACUUGUGGAGCAUGCCUGAGGCCAGCGGUUGGUCAAGGACCAGACAGUCUCAGAUCCUCGCGAUCUACCAAGGUUUUGUUGAGCCGUUUGGGUAACGAGAAACACCUUGGGGGGAGAGUUGAGAAGGUCAUAAGCUGUGGCCGAGGAGGAAGUGCUGAACGAGCCUGCAACGUAUAUCGUAGCAAGUGGUGCAAAUACUGA